AUGUUCCCUGGAGCAGCACAGGGGGGGGGGGGACCAGAGGGAGGCGCACGAGUAAGUGCACACGCGGGUCAUGACCUCGUCGUUGCCCCACCUGCUGACAUACGAGUUGAAGUCUUUUCGCGCCACGCCCCGUUCUGUGAGGUACUUGGCUGCAGCACUGUCCUUGUGGAUGCUUCCUGGAGCACGGGAGGGGGGGUGGAGAGGGUGGAAAUUGGGGACAAGGAUGUGGAUGAGAGGGAGGAAGAGGAGAGGGAGGAAGAGGAGUGGGAGGAAGAGGAGAGGGAGGAAGAGGAGAGGGAGGAAGAGGAGAGGGAGGAAGAGGAGAGGGAGGAAGAGGAGAAAGAGAAAGUGGAGAGGGAGGAAGAGGAGAGAGAGGAAGAGGAGAGGGAGGAAGAGGAGAGGGAGGAAGAGGAGAGGGAGGAAGAGGAGGGGUCCCAAAACAAAACCCAUCGCAGGGGAGAUGUGGUCGGUGGUGAUGGAGUCGCCCACAUUGAGCAGGCAGAAGGCCUCCUUCACGUCCUUGCCACCCCACAACCCACAACGCCAACCCUCACUGUAGACACACUGGUGAUGGAGUCGCCCACGUUGAGCAGGCAGAAGGCGUCCUUUACGUCCUUGCCACCAGGGGGGUCGUGGGGGAAGUUCUUGAAGUAG